CUCAGCGGGGAGCUGGCAGGGUGGCGCAGCCCAGGGAAAAAGGGGGUGCGACGGCCUGGGCGCUGCGCCCUGCCCGCAGCCGGCGGGCGGGGAGAAAGGAGGCGGCCUGGCGCAGCCCGCCGGGGGCUCCCCGGCCCGGCCCGGCCUGGCCCCCUCCCGCCGCCUCCCCCGCUUCCUCCCGGCCUCGCCCCGCCCCUGCCGCCGCCGCCGCUGCCGCUUGUUGAUGUUUCACUUUGUUUUAAUUCCCGGGUCGCAAGAUGGAGGCGGCGCUGGGACGGCGAGAGCUGCUGCUGUUGCUGCUGCCGCUGGCCGCCGCGCUGCUGGGCCCGGCCGCGCCGCUGCAGCUGGGCCAGGAAACAAUCAGAGUCAAUGUUAUGAUGUUGAAAACCAAUGGCGAAUUUCACAAAGGACAGGUUGUUUUUAAUAUCACCUAUGUGAAUGGACAGGUAUACCUAAAUGAUUUUCCUAUGAAAAGCGGGGUUGCCCACAUAACAUGUCAAACAGUAAUAUUGGAGAACGGAAACUUGGAUAACUUACCAGAUCAGCAGCGCCUGGGAACCGUCAGUGUUCGCAUCAUGGUUCAUGAGUGGCCUUUGGCAUCCAGUUCUGAUUUGCAGCUGAUUGUCAUUCAGGAAGAAGUGACAGAAAUUGAUGGAAAACAGGUUCAGCAGGAAGAAGUAACAGAAAUAGAUAUUUUAGUAAAGGACCUGAGAGUACUUAGACAUUCAAACUACACUGUCCCUUUGAAAGAGAGCAUGCUGUAUUCCAUCCCAAGAGACAAUGACAUGUUAUUUACACUUCCCAACCUCUCAGGAAAAGAUAUUCAAGAUCCACUGCAAACUACCAGUCAGUACCUCAUCCAGCAAGUAGAAACUACAGUAGAUGAAGAGACAUUACCUGGCAAGUUACCAGAAACCCCUCUUAGGAUAGAGCCUCCAUCUUCUUACAAGGUGAUGUGCCAGUGGGUGGAAGACUUAAGAAAAGGGUUGUGCAGAUUCUGGUUUCGAUCUUUACCUAUCUUCUUUAGUUUGAUGGAAGUCAUUGUAGUUGGAGUUGUUGGAGCAGCUCUUAUUCUCAAAGUCUUAAAGGUGAUUUUCCCUUCCUGUGAAAACAAAGGCAUCCUUCUCCUGGAUCAAGUCAGCUUUGUACCUGUGAUUACCAUCAGCUUGCCUUCAGAUCUUCCAGACAGGAAAAAUAAUUUUGAUGAGAAAGCAUGUACUUAAUACUGUGUUUACUUUGGAGUUACUGGUUUUUAAAAGCAAAUUUUUAGUUGACCUGAAAUUUGGCACUUGAUCUUAAUAACUUGUUUGUUUCCUACUAAGAAAACUAAGUCAGUUGAUUAAUUGGUAAAGGGACACUCAGGCCGAGGCCCAAAGCUGACUUCCCUGUGCCUCUCCGUAAACAUGCAGCCUUUUCAGAAGCUUCAAAAUAAAACAGCUUUCCACCCUGAGGGCUACCGUUGGUUUUAACUUCUGUGAAGUCACUUUUCCACACCUCGGACAGGAUGCUGGCUGCCUUCACGCCCAUAGAUAAACCAGGUCAGCUGUCCUGAAUAGCGAGAUGAUGAAAUUCAGGGUGUCCUGAAGUCUCCAGAUAGCAUCCUUCAGAAAAUGACAAAGGAGUAUCGCAAACAUCAGCUGUGCCUGCAAGCCUAAACAAAGCUGCCCAACCUGGUUUCAGGUCUCUUAGGGUUGAGUGUGCCUUGCAAGGAAAAUAUCACUACCAAACAUUUGUGUUACUCAAGUAAUUUGACAUUUUACGUAUGCAAAACAAAAAAGGCAGAUUUAUAUUUCAAGCACUUUACACUUUUAUGGCCCCUUCCACUCAUAAAAAUUGUUAGCACUUGUAAACAAUGUGCUUUUUGUAUCUAUCUGUGACAGCAGUACUAUGUGAAGUCUCCAGAGAGAAAAGAAAAUUCUACAGAAGUAUUGGCUUACUGUUGCUAAGUAGGCCUAGUCUGCCCAUGCUGAUUUGUACUCUUAACAUUUUUCAAAUAAACAUUUAAAUUGUUUA